AAAGCAGAGAGAGUCCCGUAGAAAAGAGGAGGAAAAGAGAACAAUUGAGAAUUAAUCUGUAUUGAAAUUCUACAUAUUGUUCUCUUUUUCUCUCCCUUCCCUAUAAUCAAAUAAAACAAGAAUGGCAUUCGCAGGUACAAACCAGAAAUGCACAGCUUGCAAUGGCACUGUCUAUCUGGUCGAUAAAUUGGCCGCCGACAACCGCAUCUAUCACAAGGCAUGUUUUCGCUGUCAUCACUGCAACGGCACCCUUAAGCUCAGCAACUACAACUCUUUCGAGGGCGUUCUCUACUGCCGCCCCCACUUUGAUCAGCUCUUCAAGAGAACCGGCAGCCUCGACAAAAGUUUCGAAGGGACACCGAAAGUGGUAAAGCCAGAAAAACCCCUGGAAAAUGAGAAUGCAAGCAAGGUUUCGAGCAUGUUCGGAGGGACGAAGGACAAGUGCGUGGGGUGCAACAAGACAGUGUAUCCCAUCGAGAAGGUGUCGGUGAACGGGACGGCGUACCACAAGGCGUGCUUCAAGUGCAGCCACGGCGGGUGCACCAUAUCUCCGUCGAACUACAUCGCACACGAGGGGGUGCUCUACUGCAAGCACCACCACAUCCAGCUCGUCAAGGCCAAGGGAAACUACAGCCAGCUGGAAUCCGACUCCGAGAAAGACCCCGCCGCCAUCUCCACUUCUGUUCAAAUAGCUGCCGAAUCAUGAACAUCCACAUCUCUCUAGAUCUCUCUCUCUCUCUGUAAUAAGUUGUUCAUUGUCUCGUUUGUUUUUCUACGUCGUACAUGGUAUAAUUAAGCAGGGACAAUUUCUGUAUUUAUUUUUUUUUCUUUUUUGUUUAGUUUGGAUAUGACGAAUUUUUGAGAUGAUAAUAUAAGCCGUAAGCACGGUUUUUCAUGCA